AUGGCUACUUUGGCCAGGCUGCAGGAGAGGCUGCCCGGCUUCAAGGAAGAGUAUUUCUUUAGGAACAGGUGUGUAGAUGAAUACAGAAAAAGAGAAUAUUACGCUGCUGUAAUAAUUCAGAGUUGGUUUCGAGGAUGCAAAGUCCGAGCAUACAUCAGAUAUAUGAACAAAGUAAUGGUUUUUAUCCAGAAGUGGUGGCGGGGUUAUCAAGGAAGAAAAAAAUUCAGAAAAAUGGCAGAGACAGCAUAUUUUAUUAUGAAGAUGAAUUUCUACAAUGAAAUGGCUGUCAGGAUUCAAAAAAGAUGGCGAGGCUAUUACAUCCGAAAAUAUAUCCAUAAUUAUUAUGCACUGAAGAAGUACCUGGAAGCAAUUGCUUUGAAUAAUGAGAUGGUCAGGAGAGAACUAGAAGAGUUUGCAGAGAUGAAGGAGAAAGAAGAGGUGAAAAAAGCCCUCGAAAGGAAAGAAAAGAAAAAGGAUUACCUAGCCCGAAAGAUGCAUUACCUCCUUAGCACUGAGCAGAUUGCAGGUGUAUACAACUCACCCUACAGAUCGUCUCCUGAUCCAAUGGAAUUGCAAUUAAGGAAAGUUAAACCUUUGAGGCAUAAAAAGAAAGGAAUCCAGGACAUUACCAAUCUCAAAUAUGCAGAUUCUUUUGGCUUCCAAACAGUGCCACCACUUCCUCCCAUUGGAAGACAGAAACCUCAGGGACCCUUUCGUAAUACUGGUGAAGUACUACAACAGCGCUUCAAGCCUUUAGAACCAUCUUUGCAGGGAGCAGCAUCAAAUUUUUCACUACAGCUUGCCAGAGAAAAAGUAAAACAAGAAGAAUGGAGAAACCGUAUACAUGACAAUGUGUAA